UAUAAUCAAUCGAUUAUAGAUUAUUAGACAUUGAAACUGAAUUUAAUAAUGAAACUUGAGGAUUAUCUGAGUCAGGUGGGAUCGUUUGGACUCUAUCACAAACGUAUCUAUGCAAUAACAUUCAUUGCUGCUAUACCAAACAUCUUUUUCACUCUUCACUUUCUAUUCGCAAAUUUUCAACUGGAUUUUCGUUGUGAUUCUUCUCAUCAUUUGAAUGGAUUACUUCAAAACAUCACCAGCGAGCACAACUUCGCCAUUGUCAAUUCCACGGCAAACCUUGAACAAAACGUUACUGGACUUAAUCAGUGCUACACACCGUUACUCGCAACUAGUGAUGGAAACAAAACAAAUAGUAACGCUUCCACAAUAUUUGUUAAAUGUCAAAAUAAAUGGAUUUUUGACCUAAAACCUUAUCAAAAAAGUGCAGUAACAGAGGUUUGGUCGAAAACCCCUUUUCGUCUUUUCAUGUGUAUUACAAACACUAGGAAAUGCCAUGGCAGCGAUAUCUUGGAAUUACGUUAUCUACAUCAUUUCUGCGUGGAUCGUGGGAGUUGGAAUGACUAUAAAUUAUUGCAUUUGUUUUGUUAUAGGUUGUUUCCCGAGUCGGCUCGAUGGUUGCUGAAAAAGGGUAGAAUGCAAGAUGCAAAAAAAGAACUAGAAACCAUAGCAAAACUGAAUGGUACAAAAGCAAAUUAUCAACAAAUAUUGAAGGAUAACGUUAUUGAACUUGAUUCUACGAUUCACCAAAUGAAGACCACUGGAUUGAUAGAAACUGCUCGUAUACUUUUACGUUCCCGUAUCAGAUGGAGGUUUUUUACUUGUUUUUAUGGAUGGUUUGUUACCUGCAUGGUGUAUUAUGGUAUAAUUCUUCAUUCGACACGUUUUAGCAAGGAUCGAUUUCUGAAUUGCUUCAUCGCGGGAAUAGUGGAACUUCCGGCCUACAGUGCGGCAUUUUUUGCGAUCAAAUAUAUAGGAAGACCCCGAACGUUUUCUUUCUGCAUGUUCUUGUGUGGAUUUUCUUGCUCGUUAUUGCCAUUCAUGCCAGAAAACUCCAGUCUCACCACUGCGGUUGCAAUAUUAUCAAAAGCGGGAGUAACAACAGCAUUUUUUGCCAUAUACACAAUCUCUUCUGAAAUUUCCCCCACGCUACAGAGAAGUUCGCUGCUUGGCAUGGGUUCUGGUCUGGGUCGCAUUGGAUCGUGCUUAGCUCCGUUCCUUAUGUUCAUGGGAAAAUUUUAUCAUUUUUUACCAAAUAUUACAAUGGGAGCAUUGGCCAUUUUUUGUGGAGUAAUAACAUUGAUAUUCAUACCUGAGACGAAAGGACAACCCAUGCCAGACACCGUCGAAGAAGCAUUGAAUAAUACUCGAAUUUACGGUUGGAGAAUAUGUAGAAGUCUUGCUCCACAAAUAGAAGAUGUGACGACAAAUGCAAACAAGAAAGUUCAUGAAGUUUGAGUGUUAAUAACUCGACGAAAAAAAAAACUACUUGUAUUCAUUAUUGUUGCAUUUGAUAAUAAAUGCAAAUGAUUUGUCUAUUUUAACAUUUUAUGCUAAUCACUAUUUAAACAAGAUGGAACGACUGGAUAUCUCAUCAAGAAUCUGCUUGGAAGUAU